AUGACGGGCACCCACGACCCGCUGGUCGACAUGCGGCUCCAUGAGAAAGAGGCCUUUGACGCCUUUAUCCGCCCGGACGACUCGUACACGCCGGAGGGCGUCUACUGGGCCGAUCUGCCGCUCAUGAAGAAGAUCCAGUUCGUCACCUCGGUCGAUAUGGAGGAGUCCAAGAAGGAGGCUGCUUCGUUUUGGGAGAUGUUCAAGAACGACCCCCUGUCUCCUGUUAGUUUCUACUUCAAGAACAUGGUCUUGCCUGGUGCUGGUCUCGGUUUGGAAGGAUAUGUGCUCUUUUCAAUUGGAAAUAUUAAACCUCUGUUCCAAAAAGCGUUCCCUGACUGCUGGAAACACGAAAAGACUUGUGAUCCUACCUGGCUUGCUGCUGUUGAAUACCUGGAAAUCUGCGGUAUCAUCGUUGGUCAGAUAUUGGUUGGUAUUCUCGGUGAUUGGAUUGGUCGUCGUUGGGGUCUGAUUCAAGAUGCAGUCAUCAUGUUGCUCGGUCUCAUCAUGCUUACUGCUGCCUGGGGUGUCACCCAGAACGGCUGGGUCAUCUGCUACGUCUGGUCUCUCUUCUUCUACGGCAUUGGUGUCGGCGGCGAAUACCCCAUGACAGCCACAUCUGGAAUGGAGAACGCAGUCGGAUCAGGCAAAAUCUCGACCAAGGAAGAUCGUCUCCACCGUGGCCGCAAGGUUACGUCUGCCUUUUUGAUGCAGGGAUGGGGCCAGUUCUUCAACCAGGCCCUCCUCAUUCUUCUGCUGCUCAUCUUCCACCACGGCAGCGGAAACCCACCAUACUCGACCCUCUCUGCCCAGUGGACCUACCGUGUCUCCUUUGCCAUCCCUGCUGUUGGAACCCUCUGGCUCGUCUACUACAGAUACUACAAGAUGCGCGCGGCAAGCAAACAGCUGGCAAUCGCAAAGGCCAAGUCCCGCGUCACCGGCUACGACACAGAUUCCCUGCGCCUUACCUUCAAGCACUUCGGUUUCCGCCUACUUGCUACCGCAGGUACAUGGUUCGCCAACGACGUCUUCUUCUACGGCAACAAGCUCUUCCAGUCCGAGUUCAUCAGUGUCAUUUCCCCACACACCACUUCCGUCAUGCCCGGAUGGCUGUAUAACUUGCUUAACGUUGGAGUCUCCCUCUGCGGAUACUAUCUUGCUUCUUUCCUGAUCGACAACAAGCUCUAUGGCCGCAAGUGGAUGCAGAUCAUUGGAUUCCUGAUGGAUUUCGUCUUCUUCAUCAUCCCUGCCUUCCACUUCGAAUACUAUACCACCCCGGAGCACAUCAAGGAGUUCCAGGCCAUGUACUUCCUGUCAUCCUUCUUCAACCAGUUCGGCCCCAACUCGGUCACCUUCCUUGUAGCCGCCGAGGUCUUCCCCACUCCUAUCCGUGCCACCGCCCACGGUUUCGCAGCGGCUAUUGGAAAGCUUGGCGCUCUUACCGCAGCCGUGAUGUACAACUACAUCAGCACAACGCAAAAAUUCCACGUCGUCCCCUGGUUCGGUCUCGCCGGUGUCAUCCUCACCUACCUCUUCCUCCCUGACACCACCGGUCUCGACCUCAAGGAGCAAGAACGACGAUGGUUCUACAUCCGCCAGGGUAGAGAAUCUGAGUACCACGGUGCUGCUGUCCACCCUAAGCAUCUCUCUGUCUACGAGCGAUGGACGGGUGUAGGCAAAUACUACGACCCCGAAGCCGACUAUAAACAGAAAGUCGCUGAGAUGCGAGAGGAGUGGGCUGCUGCUCAGGCACGCAAGGCCGAUGAGAAGAGCGGCUUUGGUGAUGACGACCACCACGACUACGAGCCAGUUCACCAUGACGUACACAAGUACUUCGAGCGCACAAGUCCGAUGAUUUUGGGCCGGGAAAAGAACGUUCCGAUGAGCGACCAGCUUCCUCCAGCUCACGACAACAGCAGUGACGACGUUGUUGAGCAACACCCUCAUCAGGAUUAA